UCUCUUUGUUCAUAAUCCCGACCCUCUUUCUGUCACACUUAUGGGGUGAUGUCCCUCGUUUGAACUACCAUUUCUCUGUCAAAGAGUAAUGCAAAUCAACUUGACUCUGUUGCCAUUCGAAUAAAACGAUGGCCCCGAGUCUAACACCAGCAAUACAGGCCCCGGCUGGCCGAGUCAGCAAUCUGAUUAACCCUGAUGGUGUUGGAUAUCGCAUCACAAUCACCAAUAUUGUCUGCAUAGUCCUCUUCAUGAUUGUAGUAAUCAUUCGCUUGAUUACUCGAGUAUUUUUUAAUAGAUCAUUUGGUCACGAUGACUCACUCAUCCUUUUUGCUACAGCAUCAUUCUUGGCCAUCAUGGGUGUCUUCCAAUGGAUGGUAUCACUAGGUCUGGGAAAGCACCUCUGGGACGUCCCGCUGGAAAGCUAUUCACCCAGCUUCCUUCGCGCCUGGCUUACAGUAGCCGUGCUCUACUCAGCAUGUAUGCUCACCAUGAAGCUGUCUGUACUCAUGCUGUACCGCCGCCUCUUCCCCAUUCAAAACUUCCGCAUUCAAUGGUGGUGUGCCCUUUGCUUUGUCAAUGCUUACAGCGUGAUGUUCAUCUUCGCGUCGAUCUUUUCCUGCUCACCAAUCUCGGCAGCAUGGGAUGUUUCCGUGUCGGAGCACAAGUGUAUCAACCGCACAGCGCUAUACAUCGCCUAUACCGUCAUGAACAGUAUCAGCACUUGGUGGAUCUUGCUUAUGCCCAUGCCGAUCAUCUGGAGCCUUGCUCUGAAGAACGACCAGAAAUACCUUCUCACCUCUCUCUUCGCCCUUGGAUCAUUACCCUGCGUUACAAGUAUCGCCAGGUUAAAAGUGCUUGUCGACUGGCUCAACCAUGGCGCAACCGACAGGGAUAUUACCUACACCCUCUGGAACAUAGUCAUCUGGACACAACUCGAACUCACCGUCUGUAUGAUCUGCGCAUGUGGUCCUACUCUCCGCACCUUCAUAGACCGUCAGAUCAAAAUCGUCAAAACGAUUACCAGCGAAAAGAGCUGGAGCAAAUCUUGGACACGAAGCUGGAGCAAAAGCUGGGGAGACAGCAAACAUUCACACUCAAAUUCCCACGGCAGUGCCUCUUACGCCACCGACACCACACUCGGAAAAUCCACACGCUUGGGAUCUGAAGCCAGCAACCUUCCCAAUUUCAUCGAAAUGUUACAAGGUCGCGGCACGAAAAACAAGACACUGGUUUCUAGCAAUGACGUCGCGCCUGACUCGGCGAGUAUGGAUCAUAUCAUUGACGAAGAUGCACAUUACAAGCCAAGUCAGGAGGGGAUCAUGGUUCACACGUCCUAUCAGGUCAGGACGGUGAGCGAGACUGUAUGAGCUUCUGUUUUCCUUCCUUUUUCCUUCUGUGACGGUCACGCCUUGUUUUCCUUUAUGAUACCUCCUCACUAUUCAGGACUUUUUCGGACUUUUGGUCGUUUGCUGUUGGC